AUGGCUGACGAUAUUCUAGAACGUUACGCGAACCUGAGACUUGAUGAUGAGGAUGGUGGAGUGGUGGACCUUGGGACAGUGAAUUCGAUGCCUUCGAAGGACAAAUUCCAUCUGCUCUUAAUUGGUAGAAUCAAGAAUUUGCCGUUCAAUUGCCGCUCGGAUGAUGAUGUGAAGGAAAUUGUCGCAAAUUGGGGUGAGGUUAUUGAGGUGGAUGAAGAUAUUUUAGGCCUUGAUCGGUUUCGGCGGGUUAAGGUUUUGCUUAAUGUAACCAAACCACUGCGACGUUUUCAGCGUAUUAUAGACAAAGGGGGACGGGUGGUCUGUGUGGAGUUUGCUUAUGAGAGGUUGCCUUUUUUCUGCUUUGCGUGUAGAGUGAUUGGUCAUGCCGAGAAGGAAUGUGAGAUGGUUUCGGAGGAGAGCAAGAAGGUGAAGCUUUGGUGA